AGGAGAGGUAUCACAAGCCCAGGCUGAUUCAUUGCCGUAUGGGCUGCACUUAGGCAACAUGUCCCUACUACACACGGCUCUUACCCUGCCAGGGACCCGGGGAAGGGGAGAAUGGGACACCGUGUAUAGAGGAGGAACCGCCCUGAGAAACACCCUUUGAGAUGUCGAAUCAAAUCUUGGCAGUUGGUUCCCACAAUCUGACGGACCCUUCGACACGGCACAAUGUCUUUCCAUGAGGAGCCACAAGGGCGAAUGUCCUUUGCCACCGAUAUGCCCUUCAGAACGAAUCUAACGACUGCAGUCAAUGCCUCGGGGGAUGCCCCUACUUCAUCGAUGGAGGAUAUGAUAGCCAUGUGUAGCAUCAGCGCAGUCCUGUCCAUCAUGUGUGUGGUUGGAGUGGCAGGGAACGUUUACACGCUGGUGGUGAUGUGCCAGUCCAUGAGAACGGCGGCUUCUAUGUACAUCUACAUCAUCAACUUGGCACUGGCCGACCUCCUCUACCUGCUCACCAUCCCGUUCAUCGUGGGCACCUACUUCGUCCAGGAGUGGUACUUCGGGGACGUGGGCUGCCGGAUCCUGUUCAGCUUGGACUUUCUGACCAUGCACGCCAGCAUCUUCACCCUGACCAUCAUGAGCACCGAGCGCUACUUUGCUGUUCUGAAGCCUCUGGACACGGUGAAGAGGUCCAAGAGCUACCGGAAGUGCAUAGCUGUGGUUGUGUGGGUGGUGUCGCUGCUCAUAACGCUCCCCAUGCUAAUCAUGAUUAAGUUGGUCCACAAAGACAACAAGAGCAUCUGCCUGCCCACGUGGAGCAAAGUGUCCUACAAAGUCUAUCUCACUGUGCUCUUCAGCACAAGCAUCGUGGGGCCGGGGCUCAUCAUAGGCUACUUGUACAUCAGACUGGCCAGGACCUAUUGGCUAUCACAGACUGCCUCCUUCAAACAGACCAAGAGACUGCCCAACCAAAAGGUCCUCUACUUGAUCUUCACCAUCGUCUUGGUCUUCUGGGCUUGCUUCCUACCCUUUUGGAUAUGGCAGCUCCUUACCCAGUACUACGAGUCUCUGCCAGUUUCCCCCAAGGCGACCAAGAACAUUAACUACCUGACCACCUGCCUGACCUACAGCAACAGCUGCAUUAACCCCUUCCUGUACACCCUGCUGACCAAGAACUACAAGGAGUACUUAAGGAACAGGCAGCGAUCGUGGAACAACAGCAGCUACUUCAGAAACCGCUUCCAGAGGAUUUCUGGCAGGUCCAUGUCUACUAGUAGCCAACAGUGCACAGAGAGCUUUGUCCUGGCACAGUGCCCUGGGGGCAACGGCACCUCCUGAAUAUAACCCGUCCAUUACCCACCUGUAUGUUGCAGCACAUACAGACCCCCCCCGCUCCGUGUGGUUUUGGUAUUGUCCGUGCUCUUUUGAAACGUACUUGUUGCUGUAUCUGACUGCACAGGAUCCGCCACUUGGCUUUAACUGUCGGCACAACUUCCAGCCAUGCUUGGAGCAGAUUUAUGCCAGGGUAUAGCUCUCCUGCCUCCAUAAUAAUGGGUGGCGCUGUUCUGCUGCAGCCUAUGGAAACGUCUAUUGGCAGAACAGGUGAUAAGCGGUACUGCAAGUGCCAAACCUAUCAAACUGCAAUAACUUUUACCAGCGGACUACAGUUUAAAAUCAACUAUUUAUAUAUUUCAUGUGUUUGGUCUUUCCCGUGUUUUCUGGCCCCUAGUUUGGGCAGUUCCACCCCCACCAGAUCCCUUUAAGACACUGCAUGGGGAAUACAGUCGUUGUGAUUCAUUAUCAUGUGCCCAGCCCUUCGGCCAAUGAUCCCAAAAUCAGUUAAAUCAUCAGAAAUCAA